AUGCAAACUUUCUGAAUAAAAUCUAUGUGUAAAAGAAAUCUCCAUAAAGGUCAUCCUGAAAUAAAGUUGUGAAUGGAUUUAAAAUUAUGAACUGAAGCCACAAUAAGGCUAAAAUGUAAAUUAUAUCUCACCUAUAGUCAUAUAAUGAUGCUCGGUUUUCAAUCUUUUAUACGCUUACAAAAUUAUUUGUUUGCAGUAUCGCACCUAUCCUUACUCCUCCCCUCCGUGAGUGAACAAAGCCAUUAAAAUCCCUAUUUUUACAUAAAAACCCACCCUCCGUGAGCGAACAAAAAUUUUUUAUGAAACAAAUUUUGAUAUAUAAGUGAUUAAGAUUAAGAUUACGCUGGGUAUUUAAGGUCCCUACUACGUCCGAGGUCGCAUGCCACGGUUUCCCGUGUGGUGGCAGAGCGUUCACCAAGCCCGGGCCGAAACCCCCGGUUUCUCGGUAGAGGUAUUGUCAAGGGCCGUCUCAUACCGGCUUUGCUGACCACCUCCAUUUCCAACUCGGAUCGUCGCCUAAGUUUACGCCAACUCCGCUUCGUCGUCCGCCAGAUCUGCCCAUUGAAGGGCACCUUUUCAACUGGAGAGACCCCGUUUUGGUGUCUAACUCGCCUCCCCUCUUUUCCGGUCAUCCCGAGAAAGAACUCAACAGCUUUCGCCAUUCGGGGCGAGCCACUAAAGCAGCUUAGGCAGGUAAUUCACCCUGUCUCAUUUCGGGCACUCACUGGGCUGAGCGCUGCUGGCAAAAAGAAGUCACGAAUAACUGCCCAUGGAUCUGGUCGCAAAAACAGCGGCUCUCGCGCUUAGUCCUCUCGCUUCGAGGGUCCCAGACGUUGUUGGGCUAAUUCCUGGCUCCAAAAACCAUGCCCGGAUAUACAUGGGUAACCACCACUGAGAGGGUGGGUCGGUCGCCAUACGCCAUUUUAUGUAUAUGAUAUAUAAGUGAUAAUUAUUACAAUGAAAUCUCUAACUAAUUCUGUUUAUUUUUAAACAGCUUGAAAAAAUAUGCAAGGUUAGAUUAA